GUAGACUAUUAAGUUCAGUAUUAACGUAGCAUUCGAAGCAUCGGCAAUCGACAAACGAUAUAUAACGGGAAAACAAACCGUUUAACAAAUUGGUGUUAGUACAUUUGAAUAACUGCGUUUAUUAAAAAUGAAUUUUGGAUCAAUUCUUCGGCAAAUACCUCGCAAAUUAAUAAAAAGAAAAUGUAUACAAGUGUAUGUUUCACAACGCAACUACAGUCCUGGACCUUUGACCCAAUUUACAGAUGAUGAACUUAUGAUGAAAGAGACUGUUGCUAAAUUAGCCAAGGAGGACAUAGCUCCGCUUGUACGAAAAAUGGAAAAAGAGGGACGUAUAGACGACAACAUAUUGAAUAAACUUUUUGAAAAUGGCUUAAUGGGAAUAGAAAUUCCAGAAGAAUACGGUGGAACGGGAAGUAACUUUAUGACGACGAUUCUAGCCAUAGAAGAAAUUGCAAAAGUUGAUGGUUCUGUUGCGGCUCUUGUUGACAUUCAUAAUACAUUGGUCAAUUCGUUGAUUAUUAAGAUAGGAUCGGAAGAACAGAAGCAAAAGUAUCUGACCGAGUUGGCUCAGAAUUACGCAGGAAGUUUUUGUCUUACGGAACCGGGUGCAGGAUCCGACGCCUUUUCUUUGAAAACCGAAGCGAAAAAAGAUGGUAAUGAUUAUGUUAUUAAUGGUACAAAAAUGUGGAUUUCAAAUUCGGAUAUCGCUGGAGUAUUUUUGGUUUUUGCAAAUGCUGAUACUUCUGCAGGUUAUCGAGGUAUUACGACAUUCUUCGUGGAAAGAGAUACACCUGGACUGAUCGUAUGUAAACCUGAAGAUAAAUUAGGAAUCAAAGCAUCAGGCACUUGUAUGAUACAUUUUGAAAAUGUUAGAGUUCCUGAAAGUAACAUAUUAGGAAAAUUUGGACAUGGUUAUAAAUAUGCAGCAGGAUUUUUGAACGAAGGACGUAUUGGUAUUGGGGCUCAGAUGAUCGGUAUAGCACAAGGCUGCUUAGAUGCAACUAUACCGUAUACUUUAGAAAGGCAACAAUUUGGCAAGGAUAUAUUUUCAUUUCAGUCUAUGCAACAUCAAAUUGCUCAAAUUACAACUGAUUUGGAGAGUGCCAGAUUACUUGUUUACAAUGCAGCCAGAUUAGUAGAUGCCAAAAAAAGCAUUAUGAAAGAAGCAGCGAUGGCAAAACUAGUUGCUUCUGAAACAGCAUUACGUGUAACAGCAAAAUGCAUAGAUUUUAUGGGAGGCGUUGGUUUUACUACAGACUUUCCCCAAGAAAAAUAUUUUAGAGAUUCAAAGAUAGGAACUAUUUAUGAAGGUACCAGUAAUAUGCAACUCUCAACAAUUGCCAAAUGUAUUCGCAAGGAAUACUCAUAAAUAACAUAAAAUAACAUUGUAUUCAUUUUUGUACUUAAUUGGCUGAUAAAAUCAUUCAUUAGCUAUAACAACAAUAUUCAAAUAUACUUUUAUAUUUUUAUAUAUUGAUUAGUAUAUAAAAAUUAUAUAUUAUUAAUAGUU